GCAGGGGAAAGCCUGUACUACGUGCGGGAAGCAGGGGGUGAAGAGAGAGAGGGGAGGAACCUUGGAUUCCGCCGAAUAAAAGCGUCCCUGUGCCCAGAAAGCCGUGUUUGCUGCCAUGGCCAGAAGGGCUUUAAAACUCGCAUCGUUGGCCACUGCAGCAGCAGCCACCACUGGAUUUUACCUGUAUGGCAACAAGCACCUGGAUCCCAACGAUUUUGGAGUUGUCCGAGUAGGCAGAGCAUUUGCCACAACAGCAGUUAUUACCUUUGACUACCUCACUUCUCUCCGGAGUGUUUCACGUGGGACAGAAGAAUAUGAGUCUGUCAAAUCACAGGUGCACCUGCGCUCUGCAGAACGUCUCCGAGACCUGUGUUGUGCCAACCGGGGCACCUUCAUCAAAGUGGGGCAGCACCUGGGGGCUCUCGACUAUCUCUUGCCUGAGGAAUACACUCGCACACUCAAAGUGCUGCACAGCCAAGCCCCUCAGAGCACCAGGCAGGAGAUUGAGCAAGUGAUCUUGGAGGACCUGGGCAAAGGGAUUAAUGAGUUGUUUAUAAGUUUUGAAGAUGCUCCAUUGGGGGCGGCAUCCCUGGCCCAAGUCCACAAGGCUGUGCUACAGGAUGGGAGGACCGUUGCAGUGAAAGUCCAGCACCCAAAGGUUCAAACACAGAGUUCAAAGGAUAUUCUGUUGAUGGAGGUCCUUGUCUCAGCUGUGAAGCAGAUCUUCCCAGACUUUGAAUUCAUGUGGUUAGUUGAAGAAUCUAAAAAGAACUUGCCUCUUGAGCUGGACUUCCUGAACGAAGGGAGGAAUGCUGAGAAGGUGGCCCACAUGCUCAGAAACUUUGACUUUCUAAAGAUCCCUAAGAUUUAUUGGGAGCUCUCAACAAAGCGUGUUCUUUUCAUGGAGUUCAUGGAAGGUGGGCAGGUGAAUGACAAGGCCUACAUGGAGAGAAAUUGCAUCAAUGUCAAUGAGAUAUCUUACAACUUGGGGAAGAUGUACAGUGAAAUGAUAUUUGUCAAUGGCUUUGUGCACUGUGACCCACACCCUGGCAACGUGUUGGUGAAGAAGUGCCCAAGUACAGGCAAGACGCACAUUAUACUUCUGGACCAUGGGCUCUAUCAGGUCCUGUCAGAGAACUUCCGCUUGGACUAUUGCCGGCUUUGGCAGGCCUUGAUCAAAUCUGACAUGAAGCGUGUCCAAAAAUACAGUCGGCGGCUGGGAGCGGGCGACCUGUAUCCCCUCUUUGCCUGCAUGCUCACUGCCAGGUCUUGGGAGUCAGUCAACAGGGGCAUCGACCGGCUGCCAGUCACUAAACAAGAGGAUGUGGAAAUCCGGACGAACGCUGCCAUGUACCUACCUCAGAUCACCAAGCUGCUGAACAGUGUCCCCCGUCAGAUGUUGCUGCUGUUGAAGACCAACGAUUUGUUGAGGGGGAUCGAAUCAGCUCUACAGACACGGGCCAGUGCCAGCUCCUUCCUCAACAUGUCUCGCUGCUGCAUUCGAGCUGUCUCCAUGCACCAGAGGAGCAAGAGUGACUCACUGUACAGGAAGGCACAGAUAUCCAUCUCUGAGGUCCUGAGCUUGUGGCAGAUCAACUUGUACGAACUUUUCCUGCGGCUGAAGGGGUCCCAGCUGGGGAACUGGGUCAUUGCUUUCCUGAGCUGGAUGCACCAUUCCUCGUAGUGACAUGAACUGGUGGCAGAAGCUGGGCCUGAUUAUAUCCUUGCCUUUCUCA